CAGCUGAACAACCCCCACACUCAGCGAAUGCGCCAGCUCAGUGACCUGAAGGACUCUCUCAGAGCUGAAUCCGCCCCUCCCACCACGGAAUGGCGGCCGUGGCCACGGCCCUGGCGCCCUGGAUUCUUGGAAGCUCCUUGAUCUUGAUCCUCCUGGCUUACUUGGGGCAAGUGGAGGAGCCUGAGGGCAUUGUGCCUGGCUGCGCGGCCUCAGCGUUGACGGAGAUCCCGCGAAGAAAUCGCUCAGGGUUGACGGAGGAGGAGUUCUAUCAGGAGCAUGUGCUCAAGGGCAUUCCUUUGUUGCUGUUCUUAGAUGAACCAAUGCCCGCUCUGGACGUGUUCCUUUCGGCUUGCGCAGACCGAAAGCUGAACUUGUUAUCGAAACAGCAGGCAGAUGUCCUGCAGGAUUUGCUUGAUGAAGAGCUUCCCCUGUGGCAGUGGUUGGUCUCAAACUUCGUUUUGCUGCUCACCACAGGCAGCACCGCCCGACGCUGGGCACAGCUGCGGCAGGCCACUGCGACGGAGCUCUUCGAGGGACCGGCCGCGGCCAGCUUUCGUGGUCCUCCGGCUGCCGUGCGCCUGCUGCACACGGUCGCUGCCUUCCUGGACAACAAGCUGCUGCUGCACCUGCCGCUCUACCACUCACCAGUCGGGUCGGCGGUCGCCAAGCUCAUCUCGCAGCCUGUGUACCUGGCCGACAAGGUGCUGGACGACAUCUGCCCGGCCUUGCGGCCGCAUGCGGAGCUCAGCAGCUACGAGCAGCACGCCUUCGAGCGCCUGCAGAACCGUAAGGUGCCCUGGCAGACGCUUCAGGGCAUCGAGGACAUCGGCUUGCGGCAUGAAAGCGAUGCCAGAGUCUUUUAUGGAGGACCAAAGAGCUACUCUUAUCCCUUGCACCGGGAUUUACCUGAUGAAGAUGUACUUUGCGUGCUGCACAGCGGCUGUAAAGACGUGGUGAUGCUGCCGCCCGCGGCGCGGCGGCGCCUGGAGCGGCUCCAAGUGCCAGGCGCGAGACGGAGACCGUUUACUUGGGCCUACGACUUCUUCAGCGAUUCGCCCCUGAAGCACCUGAAACAGGGCUGGGCUGGGACUUUACGCCCUGGCGAGCUACUCUACAUGCCGGGCGAGAUGUUGCAUCACAUCCGGAACUCCUGCAAGCAUUCGUUCACGAUCUGCCGCCGGCCCUGGCGAGCGACGAUGGCCAGGGAUGUGGCGCUAGAGACGCUGAAGACCCUGCGCUUGGCCGCCGAGGAGGAGACCCACCUCGGGGAGGCCCUGGCAGCGCUGCGCGCGCGCCGCGCACGGCGGAAGAGGUGAGCCACCCAAGUAGCCCCCGACCUUUGAACGCGCGCCGCCCCGACGUAUGCGCCCGAACAGGCGCGCGAUACGGGUCCUUGGCCAAAGAGCCAGGGACAUGGAGUCGUUCCUCGGGCAGUUGAAUUCGCUGCUCUCAAGUGCUGAAGAAAGCCCGGGGCAGUGCCUUCAGAGCGAGAAGCCGUGGCAUGCCAC